AUGAGUUCAACGUUGAGCGAUGUGUUUAGAUCGCAUCCCAUUCACAUCCCACUCUCAAACCUACCCGACUUCAAAGCCCUCCCAGAUUCUUACACAUGGACCCCCAAAGAUGAUCUCCUCUUCUCUGCCUCCGCCUCCGACGAAACCCUGCCGCUCAUCGACCUCUCCGAUCCCCACGUGACCACUCUUGUGGGCCAUGCUUGUACCACGUGGGGAGCGUUACAGAUCAGCAACCACGGCGUACCCUCGCGACUUCUCGACGACAUUGAGUUCCUCACCGGAAGUCUUUUCCGGCUUAACGUGCAGCGGAAGCUCAAGGCGGCUCGGUCAGAGAAUGGCGUCUCCGGCUACGGCGUGGCUCGUAUUGCUUCUUUCUUUAAUAAGAAAAUGUGGUCCGAAGGUUUCACCGUUAUUGGCUCUCCUCUCCAAGAUUUCCGUAAACUCUGGCCCAGCCAUCACCUCAAAUACUG